AUUCCCAAAAGUCUGUGCUGUUAGUUUCCAGAUCUGCGGUUGAGGCAUGCACAUCAGAGCCCCCUAUUAACUACCUGUUGAGAAUCAGCACCGGUUGACCUUGUAUGGCCUCGGUAGCAUAUUGGAGCGGGGCAUCCAGGUUGUCACAAUGACUAUUGUCUUGGGGUUUGAAGGAAGCGCCAACAAGAUUGGAGUGGGCAUCAUUCAGGAUGGGAAGGUUUUAAGUAAUCCUCGAAGAACCUACAUUACUCCUCCAGGACAAGGUUUCCUGCCCAGCGAUACAGCCCGUCACCAUCGCUCAUGUAUCCUAGAAGUUCUCAAGGAGGCUCUUGAAGAGGCGAGUCUACAGCCAAGGGAAAUCGACUGCGUGGCUUACACAAAAGGGCCUGGCAUGGGGGCACCACUCUUGUCAGUGGCCAUAGUGGCACGUACAGUGGCUCAGCUGUGGAAGAAGCCAUUGCUGGGAGUGAAUCAUUGCAUUGGGCACAUAGAGAUGGGGCGUUUAAUUACAGGAGCUGAAAAUCCCACUGUGCUGUAUGUAAGUGGAGGCAAUACACAGGUCAUUGCUUAUUCUGAGCGCCGCUACCGGAUAUUUGGCGAGACAAUAGACAUUGCUGUGGGAAACUGUCUAGACCGCUUUGCCAGGUUUCUGAAGAUUUCAAAUGACCCCAGCCCUGGAUAUAACAUUGAACAGAUGGCUAAGUUGGGCAAAAAGUAUGUGGAGCUGCCUUACACCGUGAAAGGAAUGGAUGUGUCCUUCUCCGGUAUUCUGUCACAUAUGGAGGAUGUUGCACACAAGAUGUUUUCAUCUGGGGAGUGUACACCUGAAGAUCUCUGCUUUUCCCUUCAGGAGACCGUCUUCUCGAUGCUUGUGGAGAUAACAGAGCGGGCUAUGGCUCAUUGCGGUUCCCAAGAAGUUUUAAUAGUGGGUGGAGUUGGAUGUAACAUACGGCUGCAAGAAAUGAUGGAAGCAAUGUGCAAAGAACGAGGCGCCAAGAUUUUUGCCACAGAUGAGAGGUUCUGUAUUGAUAAUGGGGCAAUGAUCGCCCAAGCAGGAUGGGAAAUGUUCCGUUCAGGUCAAGUUACAGCACUAGAAGAUUCUUGGAUAACGCAGAGAUACCGGACCGAUGAAGUAGAGGUGACAUGGAGAGACUGAAAUGAACCCACUUGUAGUGUUGCGUCCCGACUGUAUGUUUAUAAGUGAACCUGGGUUUCAGACUUCAGAAGCCAUGAUCAUAUUAUUUGCCAUACAUCUUAAUCUAAGUUGUAUUUAUUUUAAGGACACACAAUGUUAAUAUCACUGACAAAAAUACCAAAUAAAUGGGGACCCUUCUGAUAUCUG